AUGCUUGGGGGCAGAUUGCCCAAAGAACUGCGGAGGAUACUACCAAUAUAUGUAGCAUGCGUCCUCUUUGUACUCUUCUUCGCCAGGGCCAACCCAUAUAAGUCGCCUCUGGAAGCCUCAGAAGUCAUCAAGCGGGUACUGGCCGCAUAUCAAACACCACUACAAUCGACACGAUCCGCAUUCCCCCGAAAAAUAUGGCAAACUUGGAAGAUCGACCCAUUGGAUUUCGAGACCCGAGAUUCGGAGCGCGCGAGGUCCUGGACAUCGAUGAACCCAGGCUACAGAUAUGAAGUGUUGACCGAUAGCAAUGAUCUACACUAUGUAGAAACGCAUUUUGGCCCUGGUCCAGGAGGCUUGAACCGACCGGAUAUUGUGAACAUGUAUCGAUCGCUGAAUGCGACAAUCAUCAAGGCAGACCUCUUGAGAUAUCUGAUGAUGUACAUUGAAGGAGGAGUAUACGCGGAUAUCGAUGUCGAGGCACUGAAGCCUGUGGACCAAUUCAUUCCCUCACACAUUGACGAGGAUGAUGUCGACUUGGUGAUCAGUGUUGAGAUUGACGAACCAACAUAUGCGAAUCAUACCAUUCUUGGUCCGAAAUCCCAAUCCUUUUGCCAGUGGACCUUUAUGAGCAAGCCAAGAGCUCCAGUGUUACUCAGACUCGUGGAUCACAUCUUGGGAUGGCUUGAGGGCGUAGCAGCGAAACAACAGAAGCCAAUUGGCGAGAUUGUGCUUAAUUUUGACGAGGUGAUAACUGGUACGGGUCCCUCGGCCUUCACUGGAUUGAUAUUGGCCGAGAUGGCGAGACAAACAGGCAACAUCGUUACUUGGGAUUCUUUCCAUGCCUUGAGCGAUGCGAAACUUGUCGGAAACAUUUUGGUCCUUACUGUCGAGUCUUUCGCUGCAGGACAAGGCCAUUCGAACUCUGGAAACCACGAUUCUCCCAAGGCUUUGGUGAAGCAUCAUUACCAUGCCUCAUUGUGGCCUUCUCGACAUCCACGAUACAGUCAUCCUGCAUUCGGAAUGGUCGAAGAAUGUAACUGGAAUCGCGAAUGCGUGGACACUUGGGACGCAAACAAAGCUUCGUUUCCUAGCUUUCCCGCGGAAGAGCAAGCGAGGUUGAUUGCAGUGCACGAUGAAUUUCUCAAAGAAAAGUCUGAUAAGGAAGCAGCAGAGAGGGCAGCAGGAGAAAGACAAGAAGCAGACAGAAAGCAGAAUGAAAUACUUGAAGCAUGUGCAGAGCAGCUGCGAGGGUUUGCAAAGGAACAGGAAGCCAGUCAACAGCCAGCACAGCCAGAGCCAGCGCAGCCAGAACAGCCGGCACAGGAGCCGGUACAGCAAACCGAGACGCAACCUCCUGCUGAGACACCUCAAAAGCAACCAAGCCCGGAGUAUCAACUUCAUACGGACGAUGAGAUUCGUCAUACGGACCCGAAGAGUUGA